GCUGGGCCAUCUUAUGGUAAGAAGAUGAUGACAGGACACCUUGCAUCCCAGGGGAUACAUGCAGCAGAGUCUCAAGGGUUGGUGGCCCAUAUCACCAUGCCCGUCAGAAGCUCAUCAGUACUGGAGUAUGGCAUGUGGGAGCAGGUGCGUGUUGACCAUGGGACUGAAUUCUACUCGUCCUUGUAUGUACAAGAGAAGAAUGCAGACUUGCGCUGUAACCAACACCGACAACCAUAUAUUCAAACCCAGUCAAAAAGGAAUCACAAGUUUGAGAGGAUGGGGCCGGAGGAUGUUUGAGAUUGGAAAAAAUAUUUUGUUUGUUCUAAUGUUAUAUAUCUCUUCGUGUAUUUAAGGAGAAGUAUUUAGGGGACCUUUUAACGGUGUAAAUAAUGGUAAAUUGCGACUUCGUCUACUGUUUACCUGGUCUAAUUGGCAGUAGAUCAAAAGAGUAUAUGCCCCCUGUCAUCUGUCAGACGAUGUGACAACGGAUAUUUGCUUAUUUCAGUGUAUAAAUUUAUAAUGCACGUUUUUUUAUUUCUAGUUUAUAGAAAAUUGAAAUUUUGUUAUAAUAGAGCGAGCACUUGUAACAGGUGACUGUUGUAUAUGAAAUAAACAAUGCAUUGUGGAUGAAAGACGAA